AAAGAUACGGAGAAAGGCGCCUGUAUAUAAGGAGAACUGAGGCGAUUUUUAUCACAACAGUAUGGCCGUUGACAGCCUCCUCGUCUACUCUCUCUGCUGCUGCUCGGGGUAGCGGCAGCGAAUAUCUAUGAUGGACACGAAGUAUGGCGUCUGAACGACCUCAAUACCGACCAAGCACAGGCCAUCCACACACUCCUGACGGGGCUUGACUUCGAUGUGUGGAGUCACGGCAGGGACUGGCUCGACGUCAGGGUUCCCCCGCACCUCGCCCGCCCUCUUCAGCGUCGCCUGCAGGAGCUCUCCGUUCCCCAUUCGGUCCUGAUUGAUGACGUUCAGAAGAAAAUCGACGAAGAGAGAAGAGUCUUGGAGAAAUCUCAAGGAAAAACUGGGAUCCAUCUGAACGAAUACAACGAGCUAGAAGUGAUUGAAGGCUACAUGAGCGAGCUUGCCCUGGAGUACGAGUGGGUGAGCAUCAAAUCCAUCGGGAAAACUUACGAAGGUCGGGAUUUGUGGGUUAAUAUCCUGGCGGUUCCUGGAGAGGCGCCCAAGCCAGCUGUGUGGAUCGACUGCGGUAUCCACGCCAGGGAGUGGAUUACCCAAGCGACGUGCGUGUUCGGUUUGCAGUUCCUGACGCCGUACGGGGAGGACGAAGCGGCCACGAAGCUGCUCGAUGCCUACGAUGUCUACAUCAUGCCGAUGCACAACCCGGAUGGAUACUACUACACCUGGCACAAUGACAGACUCUGGAGAAAGAACCGAAUGCUUCACGAGGGUAAUGUCUGUCAUGGCGUCGACCUCAACCGGAACUGGGAUGAUGGACACUGGGGAGGCGCAGGAACAUCUGAUAACAGCUGUUCGGAUAUUUACAAGGGACCCGAGCCGUUCUCAGAGCUGGAAACGCAGGCAGUCCGGGACUUCACGACCGACCUCAGAAACAACAACAACCUGACGGCCUACUUCACCAUCCACUGCUACAGUCAGCUUGGAUGUACGCCUCGGUGGACAGGUGACGCGACGCCCGAUGAUGAGGCGCUGUACCGCAUCUCCGAAAUAGGCGUAGUGGCUCUGCGAUCCGUCCAUGAUACGAGGUACCAGUUUGGCAGCAUCUACAACGCCAUCUACCCCGCCUCAGGGACAUCCAUCGACUGGAGCUACACUGCGGGCGUCGUUCACACCUACACCCUUGAACUACGCGACACCGGGCUCAACGGCUUCCUCCUCCCGCCCACAGAGAUCUUGCCGACGGGGCAGGAGACGUGGGCGGGCCUCGUAGCCGCUAUUAUGGCUAUUUAGGACCCGCUGUUAUGGCUGUUUAGGACACUAUUAUGGCUAUUUUGGACCCGCUAUUAUGGCUAUUUAGGACCCGUUGCUGCUCCACUCUGCUUAGGCCACUUUCUGCCAUCUUGGUCGUCUGGACCCUUAAGGCUAUUUUCUUAGCUAUCUAUGACUUGUUACCGUUAUAGGUCGGUUAAUUAGAUCAUGUUCUGCUAUCUUAGCUAUAGGUGGGUCUUCUAGAUAUCUAUAUAGCUAUAUGUGAACUAUUGCUGCUCCCUGGGCUACAUGGGGCCUAUAGUCGCUAUCUUGAUUUAAUUGAAUUAUCUGUAUUAUCUUGGCUCUUUUGGAUCUGUAAGAGAAAAUGACAGCAGAUUUUCUUUCUUUUUUUUCCUCUCCUCUUGUUGUGAAUAAAGUUGCUCUUCAAA